GUGCGAUUACAGUCCCCACCCAGCCGCGGCUUUACUUAACAGAGGAAGUGCGAGCUGCUGGGUGAGGGGCUCGUGUUCCUGCCGGCUGCAAGUUCCCGCCUCCGUCUCGUUCCCGAACGGUCUCGUCUUCCCUCGCCAGGCGGGCCCCGCUGGGCGCCGGGGGCGGUGAGCGGCUGUGAUAGGCAGGUUUUCCUCGGCUUCUUGUAGACUUUCCUUGAGGGGGAAAUCGCGGCGGCGGUGGUGAAGCUCUUCGCUAGAAAUAUGGCCACGGAGCCCGGCGGUGGGGGAGAGCCAGAUCAGAGGCCAAAUAUGACACAUGGACAGCAUGAAACAGAUGAGAUUUCAAGAGCUACUGCUGAGCAGAAAAAGACUGCUGGUGGUGACGGUAUAUCAGGAUCCAGGAUGAUGGACCGAAGCUUGUCAACUCUAAUCACAGAGUAUGAUAAACACUUGGAAGAAAUGAGGGAACAGCUGCAGCUUUAUCAGGUACAAAUGAGUGAUAUGAGGCUAAAAUUUGAACAAGUCACCAAGGAAAAUGAAAGGCUGCAUGCAGAGUUGAAAGACGCUUUUGAGAAGCAACUGGAGGCUCUUCCUUUCAUGCCUCUGGGAACUGAUAUUCCUGCAGAUGAACGCAUAGUGAGAAACCUUCAAGAGCAACUACAACUUACGAAUCAAGAAAAAGAACAAGCAAUAGAGCUCUGGCAGACUGUAUUACAAGAGCGUGAUCGACUCCAGCAGCAGUACCAGGAACGCAUGACUGAAACGCAGAUUCAUGUGGCAGAAAGGCAAAAACAGAAAGAUCAACUGACUGGCUUUCAACAGUUGACUCGGCAACUUCAUAUAGCCAAUGAGAAAAUAGAGUUGAGCAAUCAACAGUUUCUGAAAACUGUAACAGAACAGAACGUGGAACUAGAACAGCUACGAAAACAACUGAGGCAAGCCAAAAUAGAUGCACAGACAGCAAAUGCUAAAGUUGAUGAAAUGACCAGAUUGACAGAGAAGCUUCAAAGCCAAUUGGAAAGAAAGGAAGAAGAUGUGAUAUCUGCCCAGCAAAGAGAAACAGCGUCUGACAAACGCUUGCAGCAAAUGCAGUCUAGUAUAAAACAAUUAGAAACAAGAUUACGUGUUACUGUCCAAGACGCCGAAGAGCUGAGAACAGAAAGAACAGCCCUGGAGAAACAAAUCGGAGAGCUUCAGACAAAGUACACUAAUCUAGAAAGGGAGAAGUAUGAUGCUGUCGCAAAAGUCCAGGACUGCAUACAGCUCUUAGAAGAAGCUAACCUACAAAAAAGUCAGGCACUCUUUGGGGAGAAACAAAAGGAGGAGGAAAUAAAAAAAAUGCAAGAUGAAAUGUCUCGGCUUGCGGAAGAUACUGCUGCAAGAAUUAGAAAGGCAGUAGACUCUGCAAAGAAGCAAUAUAAUGUGCAGAUUUCUCGACUAACAGAAGAACUUUCAGCUCUUCAGAUGGAAUGUGGAGAAAAACAGGGUCAAAUUGAACGAGCCAUUAGAGAAAAGAGAGCAGUGGAAGAAGAACUUGAAAAGAUUUACAGGGAAGACAGAGGACAUGAAUUUGACAAUAGAAAACUAGAGCAAUUGCAUCAGAAAUAUUUACUUGCAGAAACUACAAAAGGUGACCUUCAGCUAAGUCUACAGACAACACAAAAUAAACUGAAACAACUAGAAAUGAACUCUGAGGAAGAGAAAUCUCGUUGCCAGGAAGUUGUCUGUAAAUUGCAAAGUAUUCUGGAUUCAGAAAGAGAAAAGAGUGCAUUUGUCAGUGAACAAAGUCUAAAACUUCAGCAAGAGAAUGAACAAUUGCAAAAAGAAAUGGAGGGCUUGAGAAAAGUGGCUAUAGAGGCUCAACAGAAAGCUAAAAUAAAGAUAAGCACAAUGGAGCAUGAGCAUGCUGUGAAAGAACGUGGAUAUGAAGCUCGACUUAAGGAAAUGGAAGACACGAGUCAAAAGUCUACUGCUGAACUCAGACGUCUGUUAGUAGCUCAGCAAAAAGCAACAAAUCGGUGGAAAGAAGAAACAAAAAAUCUUACUGAAACUACAGAAGCCAGGAUCAGUAAGCUAAAAAGUGAGCUGAGUCAACAAAAACUUCGUAGCCAGGAGCUCAUUUCUCAGCUGGAAAUGGCAAACGACAAGGUAACUGAGGAUGAAAAAUUAAUGAUGGAAUAUCGAGAAUACAUCAACAGACUUCAAAGAAGACUGAGCCAGGCAGAGCAGAGGGCAGCUACAGCGUCUCAAAAGCUCAGCCUAGUAACUACACAGAAGAAAAAAACCACUUCCCUGAAGGAUGUGGAAAACACUUAAACGCGUCUUGUUCACUCACACCAUGCUGGAGUUAAGAUGAUCGCUGGAGAAACUUCGUAUUGGAGCACUGAAGUCAAACGCAUAGCAGGGCUUGUAAAACUUAAACAUUUUUUGGUUUACUCAGGUAAGAAAGGAAGCGGAUGAAGAUACUGUAUCUGUGUGCAUAGUAAAGAUUGGAAGACGACUACAAAAUGUUGUCGUUAAAGUCCUUUAAUGUAGCAGAUGAAACGAUCCGAUACAGUGCUGUGGCAUGUUGAUCUUUUUUGGUCUAAGAAACACCAGCUCCAACUAUGACAAGACUGUGUACAGGGAGUAGGUACUGUUACAUUGAAAUGCAGCUUUGCUCGCACACAGUCGAUGCCUUUAAUUUUUCUUUGUAGUACAGGAACUUGGAAACAUUUUGAAGAUCUUUUAUGAAUUGUAGUAAGACACUAAUUGCGUGAUGAAUGUCAAAUAGUUGCUGGUUUCAUGGUAGGUGUUACAGCCGCAGAAUGCCUCCAUUGCCUUCCGGUUUUAAGAACUCUGUUCAGUUUGUUCUGUUGUCCCUGGGGAACAGUUAAUAAAUAAAAUGCUGCCACGGCUAUUGAUACA